AAUCUGCCGCAUUCUUUUCUUGCCGUUUCUGAUUUCACAGGGAUAUUUCGGUCAUUCGUGGUUACCAGAUCACCCCUUUAUCGAUAUCCUACCCGCUCUUCGGCCUUGCCUCCGAACUCGCAAGUCCCCAUUUAAGUCUGAAUUCUUCCAUGCCGGCCUCCUACACAUGCAGAAUAACUUGUCGUUGUUGGGAGUUUGCUAAACGAAGAUGGUUUCUCUCGCUCACACAGUACAAUUGCCAGUCCACAAAUGGGGUUCUUGUGGUCUUCCUUAUAAACCAAGCAGGACAAGCUUUUACGUGGUUGGAAGCAACAGAGACGACGACUAUCACGCUACUCUCAGAGCUCUUAAGGCCAGAGGCCGUACCCCCAGAAGGUCCCUUGGCCAGCAUUACAUGUUGAAUUCCACCAUCAAUGAACAACUUGUAAAUCUGGCUGAAGUAAAGGGUGGGGAUGUGGUAUUAGAGAUAGGACCUGGAACAGGUUCUUUAACAAAUAUUCUUGUAAAUGUAGGUGCAAAAGUUAUUGCAAUCGAAAAGGAUCCUCAUAUGGCCAUGCAUGUUAGAGAAAGAUUUGGAGAUAUGGGCCAUGUUAUGGUUUUGCAAGAGGACUUCACCAGGUGUCAUAUUCGUUCUCACAUGGAAUCUUUACUGGAGAAAACAUCAAAGGAAGGUUCAGGAUAUGCAAAAGUUGUCUCCAAUAUCCCUUUUAAUAUAAGCACCGAAGUGAUCAAACAACUUCUUCCCAUGGGUGAUAUAUUUUCAGAAGUAGUUCUUUUACUCCAGGACGAAACUGCCUUGCGCUUGGUUGAUGCUUCUUUGCGAACAUCUGAGUACCGUCCAGUCAAUAUUUUUGUGAACUUUUAUUCAGAACCCGAAUACAAGUUUAAAGUCUCGAGGACCAAUUUUUUCCCCCAACCAAAUGUUGAUGGAGCUAUUGCUAAAUUUAAACUAAAGCAGCCAUCAGAUUAUCCACAAGUCACGUCAACAAAAACCUUCUUCUCCAUGGUGAAUGCUGCAUUUAAUGGGAAGCGGAAGAUGCUAAGAAGAUCACUUCAGCAUUUGUCCACGCCUGCUGAGAUUGAAAAUGCACUUGAAAAUCUUGGCCUUCUUGUAACGUCACGUCCCGAGGAGCUCACAUUGGAUGAUUUUGUGGGGUUACACAAUUUCCUAUUUAAAGGGAAGAACUGAUUUUGCAAAUUAUUUAUGAAAGCUCUGACAGUUAUUCAGCAAGAAUGUACUUCUUGAACCAACGGAUAUUACACUGCAAGUCAUGACCAGAUAAACUACAAAGUGGCCAAAGAUGAAACAUACUCUCUUUAUUGUAAGCUGAUAUCCUGCAUCUGCCAGAGAGUGAAACACAUCAGCUUUUGGAAUGCUGAAGAAUUGGGAUGACCAUGUCGAAGGCUAGAUGCAUUCUGGAAUCUAUUCGUGACGCAGAACUCGGCUGACCUACUUGAUGGCUCAUUGGUAGACGCUGCUGAGGUUGGACUGCACGUUGGACCAGCCAAAUGCAUGGCUACAGUUUCAAGUAUUUGUAUUAGUUUCAAGUAUUUGUAUUAUAGUUUGCGAGGAGUAGACAAGGUAUCACAUUAUAAGAAAUCUCAUCUUCUAUCAGAAUCAUUUUCUGCAGUCCGGGUUGAUUGACUUA